AUGCGAGGCCAGUGGAGAUUAAUGAUAGUUGUCCCACUCGCACUUAGAAGCUUAGGAGCUUCUGGCGAGAGAAACGAAAAAGACGGCACGUGCCGGCGGCAAAUACAAAGGGGUCGAGCUCUCUUUGAUCUCGCCGCCGCGCGUGCGUACGGUGUGUUUAGGCGUGUGUGCGUUUAUGCAGAUGAGAUGAGGCUCAGAAUU